GUGAAUGGAAACCUCGCGAUAUCUCCUUCGUCCACGAAGGCUCUGUAACGUCACAAACACAAACAUCGGCGGAUGUGAUCGGUACCGGUCCAGUUUAGAGUCCGCCAGAAGUCCACAGACACCAGAACCAGCGACUAUCCGAACCCCGGGACCCGGAGCUGAAGCUGCCGCCGCGUGAGGAUGUCUGCCGGGACCGGGAGCCGGAGCACGGAGCCCUGGGGAGGGUUCGACGACCAGCUCAUCCAGGGCGGCGGUGCGGCGGUCAUCGACAUGGAGAACAUGGACGACACGUCGGGCUCCAGUUUCGAGGACGUUGGCGAGCUGCACCAGAGGAUGAGGGAGGAACAGGAAGUGGCCGAGGAGGCGGCGGCCGCCGACGCCGACGGCGCUGACGACUUCCUUGGUGUGAAGGGGCUAAAAGGUCAGCUGGGUCGGCAGGUGGCGGACGAGGUGUGGCAGGCGGGGAAGCGGCAGGCGUCCAGAGCCUUCAACCUCUACGCCAACAUCGACAUCCUCAGGCCGUACUUUGACGUGGAGCCCGCCCAGGUGCGCUGCAGGUUGCUGGAGUCCAUGAUACCCGUCCGCAUGAUCACCUUCCCCCAGAAGGUGGCGGGGGAGCUGUACGGCCCUCUGAUGCUGGUCUUCACCCUGGUGGCCAUCUUGCUGCACGGCAUGAAGACUUCGGGACCGUCAUUGUGGAGGGCACCCUCAUGGGGACGGCCAUCGGGAGUGCUUCGGCUACUGGCUCGGCGUUUCCUGCUUCGUCUUCUUCUUGGCCUACCUGGUCAACGCUCAGAUCACCUUGCUGCAAAUGCUCUCCCUGCUGGGUUACGGCCUGUUCGGGCAUUGCGUGGUCCUCCUGGUCACUACAACAUCCACUUCCACUUCCUGUUCUACGGCCUGUGGCUGCUGCUGGGCGGACUGUCCACGCUGCGCAUGGUGGCGGUGUUGCUCUCCCGGACGGUGGGCCAGACGCCGCGGCUGCUGCUCUGCGGUUCCCUGGCGCUGCUGCACAUGAGCUUCCUGCUGUACCUGCACUUCAGCUACCACCGCAUUCUGGAAGGUCUGCUAGACUCUCUGGAAGGACCCGACCCGGCGGCCAUGGAGAGGGUGGCCCGAAACGUUCACCAGGUGACCCUGAACGCCACCGCCAGGAGUCUGUGAAGGGCCCAGUGAGAGCUCGGUCCGGAUCCGGUCAGGGUCCGGUCCGGAUCCGGUCCGGGCUCGGUCCGGAUCCGGUCAGGGUCCAGUCCGGGCUCGGUCCGGAUCCGGUCAGGGUCCGGUCCGGGCUCGGUCAGGGUUUCUUUCUCUCUGGUUCUGGUUCUCUGGGUUUCUCUCUCCUUCUGCUCUCCAUACCUUCAGCGUCUUUAUUAUUGUUUUUAUCUUUGUUGUUUAUUACAGAUGUUGCGUUUGAGUCAGUUAGAAACUCUGGGAAAUCUCAGUUUGUCUAACCUUCACAGAAACUGAAACAUGUCAGUGUGUUCAACAUGUUAAUAAAGAUUUGAUUCCCAUCUAA